AUGGCGGAAGAAGGGCUAUUUAGCCAGGCGCGGAUCUGUAUUGUCUGCUCCCCUCAGAUGACUGCGGAGCAGGCUGAAGAGAUAUCGUCCGCUCUACGAGAAAAUGGAGGCGAGGUGGUCAUAAAUGAACCGCAGACACCACUCCCACCCGUAACCGAGUUCAGUCACAUAGUUUCCCCAACAAUAGACUUCCAAGGCCAUGAUGCAGCAUGCGAUGCCCUUAUUCCGGUUGUCAAGCCCCAAUGGGUGCAGAUGUCUAUAUCAAAGCAGAAGCUCGCCAAUCCCCGGCAGUAUAACCCGGAUCCGCGGCUAUUCAUGAACGACGUUAUCGUCACCUGCGAAGACAUUCCUGAAGGCGACAAAGAUGCGAUUAUUGGUGGAGUGUUGGCUAUGGGAGGCCUUUAUACGGCCCGCAUCACCAGCAGCACGACACAUCUCGUUACUUUGACAAUGAGUGAGAAAUGUACCGCUGCGAAGAAGAGGGGCCUCCAUACCAAGAUCGUGCUACCUCACUGCAGGUUUGAUGAUUGCCUCAAGCUUGGGAGAAGAAUCGAUGAAAGACCCUAUCUACUUCCCAACCCUGAGAUUCUCCGACCAGAGUAUCAGAAGCCCCUGCGUAUUGGCCAGAAUAAAGACGUUCUCGGAGCGUCGACUCCAGAGCCCAACGCGCUCCCAGAUCGGACCUCUUCUCCUGGUGGCUCAAGAAAAGAAUUAGACAUAUUCAAAGGGAAAACUGUGAUGAUAUCUUCAGAUUUGGGCAUCGGGCUGCAUAUGGUUAGGUCAAUUGAAGAGAGAAUUCUCGAAGGCGGCGGUGAAAUUACGAAUGAAGUGUCAAAAUGCGACAUAUUUAUCUGUCGAUACCGUGAAGGUGAAGACUACAAGUCCGCAUCCAGAUCUGGCAAGGAGGUCGGCAAUCUCUCGUGGCUAUUCCACCUUAUCACGCACAAUGCAUGGACAUCUCCGCUACGAAGGCUCCUCCACUACCCUAUUGCACGGGGGGGAAUUCCUGGCUUCAAAGAAUUCAAAAUAAGUCUCUCCAAUUACGCAGGGGAAGCAAGGAUUUACUUGGAAAAUCUAAUAGCUGCUGCUGGCGCCGAGUCAACAAAAACUUUGAAGCAGGAUAAUACCCAUUUAUUGACGGCCCAUCAAAACAGUGAGAAGUGCACUGCUGCCAAAGAGUGGAACUUACAUAUUGUCAACCACCUUUGGCUUGAAGAGAGCUAUGCUAAAUGGCAGCAACAAAGCGUCACCGACCCUCGAUAUACCCACUUUCCUCGACGGACGAAUUUAACUGAGGUUGUAGGUCAAACACGAAUAGAUAGAUAUACUGUCGAGGAGCACUUCUUCCCUCCUGAACCAGCUCCAAGCGUGAAGAAGCCGGGCCACCGCCAUCCACCGCAUACAAAGACGCCGAAAUCAGGAGACAAAGCUAGUAUUGAGGGUGGAGUGAUGCCAGGGGCCGAGCUUGACAGCACUACAAAGACAACAAAGAAACUGAGGGGAAAGCCCUUGCAGACACCGGUAACUCCUAGAUUUGCGGACCUUGGAAAGGAAAAUGAGACACCGUCUACCACCGGAAGCCGGAAAUCAAAAGAUCUCGCGGCUGCUAGAUUACAUAGUCUUGCUCCCGACAUAUCGCUAUUCGAAAGGGAGUCAAAGCGAGUUGGUGGUGUUAUAUAUGGAGGCCGAAGAAAAAGCACCGGCGAGCCGGAUGCGGGCAGGAAGAGAUCUGCUGAGCCUGGCAAUGCGUCCGAUUCAGAGAACGCCGUCGAUACGAAGAGAAUAAAGACGUCCCGGCCGCCAAUAGCAAUCCGUCUGGUUAUUACUGGUUUCCACAGAUGGGUUGAGAAACCCAACAUGGAAGAUUCGGAAAUAUCUCAACUCAGAGACCUUGGGAUCUUGGUUAUCACUGAUCCGUUAAGGUGCACUCAUCUGGCAGCACCGUCUAUCCUACGAACCCAGAAAUUCCUCAAUGCCCUAGCACACGCACCAGUUAUUAUAAACUCUGAUUUCAUUACAGAUUGCCUUGACCAAAAACAGCUCCUAGAUCCCAACGACUAUAUCCUUGAAGACAAGGCCUCUGAGAAAAAGUACAAUUUCAAGCUGGAAAAAGCGAGGCGGAGAGCAGAAGAAAACAAACAAAGACUGCUAAGUGGACACACCAUUUACUGUACGGACAAGGUCAAAGGUGGGCUUGAAGCUUUCCAGGCAAUAAUUGAGGCGAACGGAGGCCAAUGUGUACCGUAUCGAGGUCGUGCGGGGAUGAUGAUCAGUAGCCGGCGUUUGGCAGCCGACGACCCUGACCAGGCCGGAGUGGACGAUGUAUUUUUGAUCAGUGGCCCCGACAAGAGCUGUGCCAAACUGCGGAGCAAGUUCCGGACGAUGGCUCGCAAUGCCAAACGAGUGCCCAGGACUGUCAACACUGACUGGUUAUUGGAUAUUGCCUUAUCUCAGGAAUGGCGGGGCGGUGAUGCAUAUGAGUAUCCUAGCGAAGAUGCCUCGUAA